AUGGAACCAAACAUAUCCAGAUGCAUCCAUGUGUUUUCACGACGCUCGAUACAAACACCAUGCCGUUUAGAUGUGGCAAGACGGAGGCCGUCGGCAUUUACACGCCCAUGCCACGCACAAUGGCUGCACACAACGCGCCCUGCACUUGUUCAAUCCCGAGCCCCUGUUCAGUCCCGAGCCCCAAAGACACGCGACCGAGGACCGAAAAGCAAUGAAGACACUCAGACAGACUUCAGUGCUCUAGAUUUGCUCCGCAACACAGCGGCUCCUGCCACCUCCAUCGACGCAUGUACAGGCGAUGGCUUCGCACUCAACAACCAAAUGCGCAUCAGCGGCAGCGGCAUUUUACUUGUAGGCGGCGAGGCAUUCCGAUGGCGGCCGUGGCUAUAUGAACAAAGAAGAGAAGGCACAGUGGGGCAAGGAGGUGCGGGCGAAGAUGCAAUGACGGGCAGACUGCUGAAUGCCAAGAGACAGUGGGAGGUGCCAGAGCAGGCAUGGGGUGUGUUGGAGCUGGUAUAUCCUAAGCCUGAUCUCCUCAUCAUCGGAACGGGUCCGAACACUACGCCUAUUGCGCCUGCGGUUCGCAAGUAUCUAAACGGCCUAGGCAUUCGACUCGAAAUUCAAGACACGAGGAAUGCAGCUGCACAAUUCAAUCUUCUUGCGACGGAGCGCGGAGUUGGACAGGUUGCGGCGGCGCUGAUACCGAUCGGGUGGAGAGAAGGGCGUUGA